AUGGAUCCCGACGCGCUCGACAGGAUGAACGAUUUCUUCGAUUUCGCCGCUCUUGAACAGAACAACGAAGUCGAACACACCCAUGCCUCAAGUGAGCAAACGGUGCCAUACUUUCAACCAGACAAUGUCACGGCUAUUGACUUCGCUUUGGAACCAGCGGCCCAAAAUACCCUCCAAUUGUACGACGUGCCCAUGUACGACGUGGCACACGAUCUCUCCUCUGCCGAUAUAAACCAGCAAUGGCCAACAUCUCACCCAACUACAUAUGCAGCGACGUCUAUGAUUGAAACGAGUGUAGACCCAGGAGCAGACGUCGAUUGGCAAACGGUUGAUAUGGAACAUGCGAAGGACCACAGGAUCCGCGACGCGACGGAUCUCGCUCUCCCGCCUUCAUUGUCAUCACUUGCGCUAAUGCAAUGCGAUGAUGAAGGCAGCUUAAUUGAUGCGCCGCACUCUCAGCUUGGGCUACGUCCUUCAGCUCUCGAUCAUUCAAUGAUUCCGGCCGAUGCCUCCCUUGCACUGGAGCAGCUACCAGUCAGAUCGGCCGCAUCCCAGCAACAACCUUCAAUUGCCACUUGGAAACCAGCAUCAGCCAAACGUAAGGGUCCUCAGUGCCGUAUUCCACUUGAGGCAAGGCAGGUGUUGGAGGACGAAUUUGCGGCCAAUCCGUACCCCUGCGCGUGGGAAUUGGACAUCAUCGCACAUCAAGCCAAUCUCGACGUGAAGAAAGUCCGCAACUGGUUCAAUAACACCCGAGCCAGGAAGAAGUGUGGAGAUUCCCAUCCUGCUGUAAAGGAUGGUUCAGGCCAGAGCAAUCGCACUCUGAAGACAAAGCUGUCAAAGGAUAGUCUGGAAAGCCUCCAAAAGCAAGCAGAUGACGCCAAUCAACUGCCGCAGCCGCCUCUGGCGGUAUACCUUGCACAGUCGUACCAAGAGGAAGCUGUUGAACUGUCUGCAGUACAGGCUGCCGUUGAUUCAUCCGAAAAUCUUGAAGCAUGUCCAUUCUGCGGCCAGGCCCAUCCCGACGAUGCUCACCUGGCUGGCCACAAGUACCAACAAUGCCGAAGCAAGCCCGAAUCCCAACGAACUUUCUAUCGCCGCGAUCACUUCAUCCAGCAUCUGCACCAUGUUCACUUCGCCAACACCAAACAUCCGUCCGUACGUACCGGCUGUCAAGCUCGAUUAUUAGCCGCUGAAGGCCACAACUUUGGUUGCAAGGACCUCGCCAUGAAGUGGCGUCGCUUCGGUGCUCCAAUGAAGCUUGACGAUCCUAUGCUUCAUUGUGGCUUCUGCGGAAAGAAGUCAAAAGACUGGUCCGAACGAUGUGAGCAUGUUGCUGAGCACCUCGUCGCGCGUGAGCUUGACCGUGCUGUGUGGUGGAGCGAGCGCAAGGAAAACCAUUUGGAGAACCUCUACUCGACUACACCAUACGAAUCCUUCCGAUGCCGAUACUGCCAAAAGGUCUUUACGGAUGUCAAAGAUAUGAACGAACACUCUCACUGUCGUGUGUGGAGCUGUCGAUUUCUCCGGAGCUUCGACGACGUUGCUGCAGACAAUGCAGGUCCGCCCCUGUGUCCAGACUUUCCUUCGGCCAAAGCUCACCAUUGUCACCUUUGCGGCUCCGGCUAUCGAACGUUCCACGUCGAACAUGCGCAGAACUACCAUCGGUAUCGCUCGUGCAAUCAAGAGUUUUACACAUCUGAAGACGCUUUCCUCCAGCAUUUGCACAACUUUCAUGGCGCUUCACAGCCAACAUUAUUGCGAGGCUCUGGUGUCAUCGAGCAGAGCUAUAUGCGCAAUAAAGGCGCAUCGUUCGAGCCCGUGGAGUUCAAUGAGAGCUGGCAGCCUUGCGUUAUGGAUCUAGACGUAGCCUCUGUCAGUCCAUUUGUUGCCGACAACACUGUUUCAACCCUACCUGUCGACCAGAGAAGGAGUCAAAACCAGACCCGGAAGUCGCUCGUCAUUCCAAAGAAAGCUCGUGACAUUGUGCAGACUCAGGACGUCAAUGUCAAGAAGGUAUCAAGACAACGAUCUGACACAUCAACCUCGAAGGCCGAGAGUCAUCACCCGCGAUUCUUCCGACUCAGUACUUAUGUACCCUUUCUGUCAUCUCGUAUCUUCUACUCGCGGUCUGCAAAGGCAGCGGACUUUCCGAGAGACAACCAGGCUGUGCUAGAAGAGCUACCGAAGCCGCACAUUGCGACACUGGCAAUGAGUGCAGGCACAGUCAGCAUGGCCGCCGCUCGCUGGUUCAUUCGGCCAGACACAUGUUCGGUCAAUGGUAUGGUAGAGCUUACCAUUGAUAAUGAAGCAGAUGUAGAUUGA